AUGACAUGGACACUGCGGUUGCCUGCCACUUUCUACAUGUUCAUAUCAAUGAAAUGCUGGCUGUUAUUCUGCAUCCCGAACCUCACCGCAGCGUUCACCCUCCAUGAUGCCCCGGAUGUGGAAGUCCAGGUCAAUCCCUCAGGGAAGGUCCUGCCCAGGAGGCAGAUUAUGCGCACCGAGAGAUCAGCAUUGAUGGAGGCUACGGUUGCCUCGGAUGGCAUUGCUAGAUCGAAUGCGGCUGCAGCCUUGUCAAGGAAUGACAGUUCCACGACGUCAGCCGCACGAGCAACCACAACCACGUCCACCGACAAAACGUCCAAGACCACCACUCAGUCCACCACCACAAAGGACAAAGACACAACUAGCGUCACAACCACCAAGACUGAUAGCAAGAAAACUUCAACUACAUCUCAAUCAUCCACAUCCAGAACGACAGCGACUUCGAAGCGCUCAACGACGUCUGCGCCGUCUACUACGAAGGCUGGGAAAACGACCACAACUGAGGGGUCGAAGGAAGAGGAUGAUGAGACGACAACAAGGCAAACUACCAGCAGCAAAGGGUCCACAACAACAUCCACGAGAGAGGUGACAACAGAAACCUCGACAACAGAUUCCACCACCACGGAGGCCGACGACGAGACGACCUCCAAGAAAAGCACAACAACCGGGACUACACGAACAGCCAAAACGACUUCCAAGGGAAGCACAACGACUGAAUCUACAGCUAAGACAACGUCGACGAGACGCACGACGACAGAUGCUGCAGAAACGAGCACGACCACCGAUGCAAGCACCACACCAGCCGCAGAAGAGGAAACCACCAUCACACAAGCAACAACAACCAAGACCACCAAGCCAAUUACAACAGCGACGACGACUACACAGGAGGACGAUGAAGAAGAAGAAGAGCUGGCCGUGGAGGAGGUGACCACCUCGAUGGAGAGUUCUAGCUCCAGCUCCACAGCUGCGUUGGUCGACAGUACGACAUCCUUCCGGGCCACAACGGUAACAAAGUCCACCUCGCUGACAAGGCAGUCGACAACCUCAUCUUCUGCUCUGUCAACGGAGGCAUCUACGACCUCAGUGAGAAAUACAAGCACGUCCGCCAUCAGUACUACUAGCGAGCCUGCACCCGUGACUACAACCACCUCUAUUUUGGAGACGACGUCCGAGGAGCUUACGACUCCCAGCACCGUGACGUCAACCACUUUGACGUCAACGAGCACGACGACAUCAACCACAUCUACCUCGACCAACUCCACCACUAAGAUCGUCACCUCUUCCUCAACUUCGACGUCUGCCACAACGCCGCCCGCGACGUCUACGCGAACAUCAACAACAGAAGCACCCUCUACGACGUUGCAGUCCACAACAAGCUUGCGCUUUCUGAGCCUCAAUACCACAUCCGGCGAGCCAAGCAUCAUGACCUUGCAAAAGGGAGGUGCGUUCGGAUCGUUGAGUAACGCGUUGUCUUUGGAAGCCGCAUCGCUGUCAUGUGCAGCAGUGCAGAGCAAACUCUGUACAACCGCUCAAGUAGAGGCCUCAUGGCAGAAGUUCAAGGAAACGCAACGAACGGGAUCCUUUGCAGCUUGGAUCUCGAGUACGGAUGGAUGCAUUGUCCAAGUGUCAGAAGCCGCAGCCGUCAGCUGUGGACAUGGCGCAUCGUCUUCGUUUGAUGCACUGUGCUGCCAGGACGAGGCCGCAACGACGAGCUUGACCACCACAGAGCUGCCUAUUCUUCCCAUCAACCUCACCAAGAAGCCAGGCGAGCUACCCUUCCAGGAGUCAGAGGUCUCCACUACGUGGAUGCCAGAGAAAAAUGAGCUGCCGGCAAACACCACAGAAAUCAAAGCAACCACGCAAGAAGUCACAAGCACCAGCACCACCAGCACCAGCACCACAAAGACUUCAAGAGCAACGACAAACACAUCAACGACAACAACCUUCACCAGCACCACAAUAACCACCACGAGCACGACGUCAACUACGACUGCGACGCUCCCCCCAUGCGUUUACACAGACUGGAACGAGUGGACGGACUGCUAUCCAUACUGUGAGGGCACGAGGGAAAGGAUGCGACGAACAAAUAUGGGCGCUCAAGUCAACGACCAUUGCCUGGAGUGGUUCCAGCAGGCCAAUUGCAGCAACUUAUGCGUCGACUGCAAGUGGGAUGAUUGGCAGGAUUGGGCGGACACCUGCCCAGACCAGAGUGUUCAUCAGCAAGGAACUCGAACGAGGAUCCGUGACAACACGCCGCAACAAGGCGGAGGACAGCACUGUGAAGGUGAGUCUCUCGAGACGGAGAAAUGUCCGAUCGACUGCUACUUCACGGAUUGGUCGGAGUGGACAGCAUGCCCGCCAUGUUCAACCACAGCUAUGUCGGUUAGCACCCGUCAGAUGGUCGAGGCACAAAAUGGCGGUCUGCCAUGCUUCGAGACACACAAGGAACAGACGAAGAAGGAGAAGAUAUGCUUCGACCCUACUUGUCAAACACCGUGCGAGUGGGAUGAAUGGAGAGAUUGGGCAGCCUGUACCGCUACAUGUGGUCCUGGGGCCACACGACUGCGCCAAAGGAACUAUCGUCCAUCUUCUAUUCCAGGAGUUCAUUGCAGAGGUGUUGACCGAGAUCAGCAGGACUGUAGUUUGUCACCGUGUCCGACAACGUCGACCUCAAGUACGAUCACCACCACCACAACGUCAACAUCCACUGGAACUACCACGUCCACCACGACAACUACAACUGUCACAACAGUAACCUCCACUGCCACCGUGACGGACACAUCAACGACCACGACAUUGACGACAACUACAACUGCCACCUCAACCGAAACUGUAACUGUGACAACCACGACGGUUACAGACACUUCCACAACGACAACAGUCACAAAAACAGACACCACGACGACUGUCACGACAACUGAGACGACAACCACCAUUACAACCACAGGCACAACGACAACUGCGACUGCAACCACGACCACCACAACUGUCACGAAGCCUGAAAUUGGUGAGAGUGAUACAACGAUGGUCGUCGGUGGAAACUCGAGCGGCCCACCGGGCCUUCCUGGCCUCCCCUUUAGCAAUGCAUCCAACCUGACUUCCGACUUGUUAGGGAACCAGGCGAUGGUGCGGAGCCUCGAGGGGGCUGAUGCAGACUCUGCUACAACGACAACAGUCACGGCAACCACCACUACCACCACUGUUACUUCCACAAGCACGACAUCUACGUCCACCGACACGACCACAACCACGACCGUCACGACAACAUCCACAACACAGACCAAAGGUACCAGCAUAGCAGCAUCCACCACCACCACCACAAAAGAAAAGGCAUCACCAAACGUGGACGUCAUGAAUAGCACCGCGACGUCGAUGGAGAUCCUGGACAAGUUAGGCGAUGCCGGAGUACUCAACAAGUCGGACGGAAUCCCUUUGCCUUUGCCCCAAGUGAAGAGCGGCGAGAACACAACCGACGUGGUCAUAGAGAGCAUCGUCGGGGCUCUCGAGCAUCGCCUGAAACCUGCGGCAGCUCCUUGCAACCUGAGCAAGGCACUGAAAGAGGCGGAGGUGGCAAAGGUCGAAGCUGAAGCAGCCGUCGCCAAGGAGACGGAGUUUCGGGCAACCACUCCAUCCGCCAGUACUUCUGUAGAGAUGCUCCGAUCGGGCGACAUGCUCAUCAAGCGUGGGAAUGAGGUUGAGGUUGUGAAGGCUGCUGUGCCGAAUGUCACGGAGUCUGACAGCACGACCAAGCCAUACCCUGCGCAGAUGAGCAUGCUGCAGACGCACAGCACAUUGAGCGACAUUCGAGAGGUGGAGCCUUAG